CCAUACUCUUCCUAAUUCAAUAACAACAAAGAACUGUUAGCACAAUGGUUGCGCGUCUCAAUGGGAUAUUGCUAGGGGGAAGUCAAGCGUCACUCAGCUGUAUUAGGAAACAUGGCGGUCUGUGAGUUGUUGCCGUGAGUGUACAUAAAAUCAUCAUGAUUUGCUGCUGGGAUAUUGCUGGGGGAAGUCAAGCUUCACUCAGCUGUAUUAGGAAACAUGGCGGUCUGUGAGUUGUUGCCGUGAGUGUACAUAAAAUCAUCAUGAUUUGCUGCUGGGAUAUUGCUGGGGGAAGUCAAGCGUCACUCAGCUGUAUUAGGAAACAUGGCGGUCUGUGAGUUGUUGCCUUACCAUCGCCGGUAUCAUAGUAGGCUCACUGUGUGGGGCCGCAGUACUAGCCGGUCUUAUGAUUCUACUGUACCGUGUCUACAGACGGAAAUGCGGAGGACGGUCCAAGUACGAACGGCUCAGUGGCUAUGGAAAGAAGACGGCACCCGCUGUUCACAUCGAUGGAAAGAGUCUCGCUACACCCACAGUCAGCUUGAAAGCAGUACCCUUUACAUUGCCACCAGCUCCAUCUACACGAGCCGGAAUAGCUGCUUUUAAUUAUCCACUAGCAAUCAACUCCCCAUGCCGUGAGAGCUUAGACCAACCCGACUCACGCGCCAGUGAACGUCGACCGUCCGUAUCAGCCGAUCGUCGGCCAUCUUUCAGCGACCGGCUUCCCAAUCUACCGCUCGGGGACCGGGAACGCAGACCGUCUGUAGUUGAGGAUACCAACGGCAGACGAGACAGUGUUAGUGGAUUGAGCGUAUGUAGUGAUUCGACAGAGGGAGGCGGGUCCCCGACCUAUGGUAAUUCACGCACUGGUUCGAGGAGAUCUUCCGUCGCUGACGUCAUGAGCCCAGCAGGUGCUUUCGUUCUAGGUGGUCUCAACCCCGACCUUUACCGUCUAGAAGACGAAGAAGAUGAUCUUGACUUCCCAGAUGAUCACAUCGGCCGGAUAUGGCUGGCUGUAGAGUAUGAGAUGGAAUCUGAGAGAUUGGUGGUCUCUCUGAUAAAAGCUAAGAACCUUCCUAGCAGAGUACGGGGGAGUGUCAAUCAGUGUGACCCCCUCGUUAAGGUCUUCUUGCUACCGGAAGAAAGAAGGCACCUACAGUCAAAGGUCAAACGAAAAACGACCAAUCCAAAGUUCGACGAAAGUUUUGUCUUCCAGGUUACAUUCAAAGCACUACAACAGAGAACUCUACGACUUUCAGUCUACGAUGUCGAUCGUUCUAAACGUCACAAGCUAAUCGGUCAUGCAUUGUAUCCACUCAAAGAUUUGGACAUCGAGGCUCAUCAGAAGGUGAUCAUGUGGUUGGACCUUGAGAAAGAAUGCUCUGAGACGUCAUCGUCAGAAACCGGUGAUGUCCACUUCUCCCUGAACUAUAAUGACAGCAUAGAUAGGUUGACUGUCGUCAUCAUUGAAUGCAAAGGGAUCCGAUUAUUAGAUGGAUUCCAACAUGUGGAUGGCUACGUGAAGGUAAGCUUAAUGGGUGCCAGCAAAGUCGUCAAAUCGAAGAAGACAGAAGUCGUAAAGAAAACGCCAAACCCAACUUACAAUGAGUCUUUUCAGUUUAAAGUCCCCUCCAGUAAUACCGACAUGUUCAGCAUAUCAUUAACUGUCAUGCAACAUGCACCAGCGAUGAAAGGUGAUAAACAGAUCGGCCGUGUGGUUGUAGGUCCCUUCAUGUAUGCCCGUGGAAAAGAACUCGAACAUUGGAAUGAAAUGGUCAGCCAUCCAAAAGAGACUAUAGCACAAUGGCAUUCCCUAACAUGAUUUCAUGCUCUUCACUGAACAAGAGAAGAAUACACAAACUGACUUAAAGCGUGGCUCGACACCUAGCUAUAGCAGGUCAUACACAUUGAGGAAAUUGAGUAUGCUACGUGCUUAAUGUCUGCUGGGACCAGACAUCUCUAUAAGUGUGGUUGUUAUUCAUUUGGAUUGGAUGAACACGAUGGGUUUUCUUGGCGCCAAUCACUCCGACCAGCCAGGGUAUGAAAACACACCUACACACAGUUAUUCCCAUGGUGGAUUUAUUGGUUAUUGUAGAAAGAGUAACAUCAAAGUGGUUUGAGAGUCCCUUGUUACACUACACUACCGUGGAUAUCACACGCUAGCAUUAUUAGGUAGAGGAUUGAAGCUAGCUGAAUGCUACACUAAUGAGAGGAUGGGAUUGGAUUGCAAGAACUGAUUGGCCGUCUUACAUGGUAAUUCUUUACCGUCUUGAGAUUUGGUUCUUCUUACAAACCUCAAUCAUGAAACGAGGGAAUGAUGGGCUUUGCAACACGUACACACGGAUAUUGGUUCUUCUUACAAACCUCAAUCAUGAAACGAGGGAAUGAUGAGCUUUGCAACACGUACACACGGAUAUUGGUUCUUCUUACAAACCUCAAUCAUGAAACGAGGGAAUGAUGGGCUUUGCAACACGUACACA